ACAUACGUAAAGAGAAAUUCCAGCAGUGUUCAAAUAUGAUCAUCCCAUCUGCUGCCCAACCUUGUCUUUGUAUUAGUUGCUGCCUUGGCCUUUGGGUGGACCGUUCCAGUUAGCUCUGCCAGGGAAGAUGACUGACUGCGAGUUCAUGUAUAUCCACUCAUUGGCUGAGGACUAUCUUCAGUAUGUACUGCAAGUUCCUGCUUUUGAAUCGGCUCCAAGCAAAACAUCCAGGGUACUAGAAGACGGCUUCAUGAAGAAAUUUGAACCUAAAUCUGGCUGGCUGACUUUUCUGGAAAUGACAGGACAGAUCUGGAAAAUGUUCUUUUCUUCUCGAGCAACGCUAUUGACCAGAGAGAACCCUGGCUCCUGUGACAAUGGUGACCAGCACUUAGUACUUCCAUAUACACACAACUCAGAUGAGACUUGACUUUCCGGAGUUGCCAAUGUUUUGUUCUCACUUUAUGGAAUAAAUUACUGAUAUUUGUUUCUU